AUGGCGUCGAUCAAUUGGCCACAAGAUGCAAACUACAUGGAAGCAGCAUCGCUAGUUGAUCUAAUCAAAUUCUUCUCUGAUACUAUACAAGGUGUCGCUCUUUAUGAUCCUAUAGUGCCUGCAACUUCAAAUCUUGCAUCCACUGCAUCAGGUGUUUAUAAUCUAAUACCUAUUUGCUACAGGCCCGUACCUAAUUCACUGUAUACUCAACUUGUGGUAGAAGGUCCACAAUUGCCUAUUAAAGUAAACUUUGUAGAUAUGUUCACAGGAAACAUUACCGGCAGUAGUAAAGCUGAUGCAUACUUAUGGGCAACUGAACAUUUUUUGGAUAGUAAACUUGCAGAUAGUACUUAUCUCGGUUAUUAUAUUGAUAAGUGGUGGUCUCAAUCUGCACUGGCAUCUCAAGCUGUUUUUGAACAUUUAGCAGUUAACCACGACUGGAUCAUCAAAAAUCGUGGAUUUCUAUUCGAUUUAUCUCCUUGGGAUGAUGAAGCACCAAAUGAUGAUCCUCAACAACCCAUUGGAACUGAUUACAAUACAUUGAUUACCUUAUUAAAAAAAUCAUAUCAACAGCAUAACGGAACGAAGUUUAGUACUGUUAGUGGAUUUGUACCAUGGCUCUUCAAAUAUGUGAAUGAGAAACACGGUGGUGUACCAUCUGAAUGGCGAAUGACUCACAUCAUGUCUGCAUUUAAUGUUGUAAUAGACGCAGAUGCUUGUUGUGCGGAUUCUUUUGCUAAUGCUGCAUUCUUUAGUCACUAUGCAUCAAACCAAAGCGAGAAACGCUUCAUUCAAAAUGUUUUACCAUCUCGUGAAGAACUUAUUCAAAAAGAAUUUUUAAAUGAGCAAAAUAUAGUAUCAAGAAAAACAUAUAGCCUAUAUUAUGCAGGAGAUUAUGAUUCAGCGGCAUGGCUAGCUAAUAAAUUUAAAAAUCUUUGGGACGAUCCCAAGCGUGGAUCUGUGCCUGUGGCAUGGGCAGUGAAUCCCAAUCUUUAUGAUCGCUUUCCAUUAUUACAGCCUUAUUUAUAUCAAACCCGUACUGCUAAUGAUUUCUUUGUAAGUGGAGAUUCGGGUUCUGGCUAUUUGAAUCCCACUCAGUUGUUCGAGCCAAGAAAAUUUUCUAAUUUACCUCGUGCUGAUAAUCUAUGGAUUGAAAGGAAUCGAUUCUUUUACAACAAGUUCAACAUUAAACACACUGGUUUCGUCAUCAAUGGAGAUUCUGGCAUGCUCACAAAUGAUUCUGAUACGAUGUAUACAAAAUUUAGUCCUCUUGGGUUUACACGUCAACAAGGCUAUACAACACUUGGAGAAACAGCAUUGAUACCUGAUACACGAGUACCGAGCUUUACUGAAACGGAUCUAUCGGGCAAAGACGAAGUGCAACAAGUACUUUCAUACUAUAAGCCAAAUGAUGUUAGAUUCGUGGUCUUUCGAGGUGUUUUACGUAGUGCAUCCAGUUAUGCAGAUAUUGCCGAAAAAGUUCAACAAAUACAGCCUAAUAUUACCUUUGUUGAUCCAUAUACAUUUGCUUUACUUGCUAGAAUUCAUCUUAGUGGAAACUAUACUUAUAAUGAUGAUCUUGUUUCUUAUGUUGAUGAUAAUCUUCCUAAGCUGAUUAGCACAGGCGAUUAUGUCACAGUCAAUUUUUCCAUUCGAAAUGAAGGUUGGAAUACAUUAAAUGAGCUUGAUUUGAAAUUGACGUUUGCUUGUGAUAUUGAAUAUGUAUUUCCCUGGAACAUUGAAAUCAAACAUGGUAACAUUGGAACUUCGUGUUAUCAAUUUCAAGUUGAAUGUAAUCAACCCGGAGAAUACAAGGUGGUCUAUCAGCUGUUUAGAGGGAAUACGUCUUUCGAAGAGUUUGGAAAUGUACCAUGGAUCAGUUCGGUACGAUUGGUUUAA